AUUUCAGUUUUCACCAUCCAAACUGGAAAAAUUAGGGGGAGAACCCUUUCCCCCUUCUCUCUCUUUCUCUCUCUUCCAAAAAGUCUCUUUGACCACCACCAUCACCACCCUCUCUUUCUUCCCUUCUUCCUCCUAUCUACUUCAACCUUUCCUUUCCUCUCUUAAAUCUCCAUUAUUGUUUUCACAUUCUCCAACCCAACCUUAAUAUAUAAACAUAUUUUCUUGACCUUCUCUUUUCUUGAAAUUAUAUGUAUAUUGAUCUAUGUUCAAUUGUGUUAUGAUCUGAAAAAGGCAAAAGUUUGCAUUUUUUCAUCAUUUUCACCAAUAUGGGCAGCUGUUUUUCUAGCUCUAAAGUUAGUGGCUCAAAUAGCAAUACCCCUUCUACAACUACUACAAAUGUAAAUGUUCAUCACAACCGUCCUUCAACAACAACAACAACAACAACUGUUACAUCAAGAAAACAAGAGGGGUCAAAUUAUAAUAGAGAUAAAGGUAAUAUUAAUACAAAAAACAGCCACCAAAAACAACAACCUAGGAGUUCUCAGCAGAAUGUUGUUGUUAAGCCAAAUUCAAGAAGACAAAGUGGAGGGGUUAUUCCUUGUGGGAAAAGAACAGAUUUUGGGUAUGAUAAAGAUUUUGAUAAGAGGUAUACUAUUGGUAAAUUGUUGGGUCAUGGCCAAUUUGGGUAUACAUAUGUUGCUACAGAUAAAUCUUCUGGAGAUCGUGUUGCUGUUAAGAAAAUUGAGAAAAACAAGAUGGUUCUUCCAAUUGCGGUUGAGGAUGUGAAACGAGAAGUCAAGAUAUUGAAGGCCUUAGCUGGUCACGAGAACGUGGUUCAGUUCUAUAAUUCAUUUGAGGAUGAUAAUUAUGUCUACAUCGUAAUGGAGUUAUGUGAGGGUGGGGAACUAUUGGACCGAAUCUUGUCCAAAAAAGAUAGUCGAUAUACUGAGAAAGAUGCGGCGAUAGUUGUACGCCAGAUGCUAAAAGUGGCUGCUGAGUGUCAUUUACAUGGUCUGGUGCAUCGAGAUAUGAAACCUGAGAAUUUUCUCUUUAAAUCUUCAAAGGUGGAUUCGCCAUUAAAAGCCACAGAUUUUGGUCUUUCAGACUUCAUAAGACCAGGAAAAAAAUUCCAAGACAUUGUUGGCAGUGCAUAUUAUGUAGCCCCGGAGGUGUUAAAGCGUAGAUCAGGACCUGAAUCAGAUGUAUGGAGUAUAGGUGUAAUUACAUACAUUUUGCUAUGUGGCCGUCGGCCCUUCUGGGACAAAACUGAGGAUGGUAUAUUCAAGGAGGUCUUACGAAACAAGCCUGAUUUCCGUCGCAAGCCAUGGCCAAACAUAAGCAACAGUGCUAAAGAUUUUGUAAAGAAAUUACUGGUGAAGGAUCCGCGUGCUAGACUUACUGCCGCUCAGGCCCUAUCGCAUCCAUGGGUCCGAGAAGGAGGUGAUGCAUCUGAGAUUCCACUCGAUAUUUCUGUUUUAUCCAACAUGCGGCAAUUUGUCAGAUACAGUCGCCUAAAACAGUUCGCUUUACGGGCGUUAGCUAGCACGCUUGAUGAGGAGGAGCUCUCUGAUCUGAAGGAUCAAUUUUCUGCAAUUGAUGUGGAUAAGAAUGGUGUCAUCAGUCUCGAAGAAAUGAGACAG